AGAAGGUGUUGGUUGGGGGAAAAACAGAGUCUUCAUCAAGAAAGCCCCACGCGAAGAAGUAGAAGGGAGAUCGGAGGAAGAAGCAAAGGAGAAGAGCAGAAUAAGGGGAAGAGAGUGGGGAGGGUCUCUCUCUUGGACUGAUUCUUUGCAAUCGCAUCUCUCUCUUUCUUACUUUCUCUCUCUCUAUUCUCGUCUUUCUCUCUCCACCUAUCAGAUACGGAGAGAUUAUAUAGAAAGAAAAGCAGAGGGGGUGGGGGGCAGAGGCAGAGGAGGCAGGGGCAGAAAUAACAACAACAGAGUAAUAGGAAGAAACAGAGGCUAAGAAAGAAAAGCAAGGAAAAGUAGGUGAAAACAAAGUGGAGAUGAGGGGGGUGCUCUCUCAACACCCAUAAUUCAUUUACUUUCGAUUCUCUCUCUCUCUCUCUCUCUCUUCUUUUUUUAAUUUUUUCUUUCAUUGAAGAGUCCGCCUUGGGGUGGGGGGGUGGCAUCUUCUUCUCUGUCAUGCUUGUUUUGUGUUAGCGUUAAUUAGCCCUUCCGCGUCCCCCACAUUGCUCCCAUACCUUUUCUCAUCCUCAGCUCGAUCCCAUUUUUCUCUCUCUCAUCCCACCUUAUUCCACCAUCUCUCUCUCUCUCUCUCCCUAUUAUAUCAUCACCACCAUCAUCAUUUCUUAUAUCUCUACAACAAAACAAUGGCCGUUCAAGCUCAAUACCCGUCAAAUAUCCUUCUUCUAAACAGAAGCGGACAGGAGGGGAAGGGCGCACUGGGGAACGAUUAUUCGUUGCAGCCACAACCCGGAGGGUAUUUUGAUCAAUCCCACAUGUUGUUCAACAAUGGAGUGGGCUCUAAUCCCCGGAAAAGAGGAAGAGAAGUUACAACAACCCCCAUAGCCACAGCCACAGCCACAGUUCCAAUCAACACAUUCUCCCUGCAACCUCAGCCUUCUCAGCUCAUAGACCUCGCGCAGCUCCAUAACCAGCGACCAAAUGUCGUCUCCACGGGUCUCGGGUUAGCCUUCGGAGACCAAUCGCAGCAGCAGCAGCAUCAUCAUCAUCAUCAUCAACAACAACAUUUACAACAGCCACAGCAACAAAAUUUUCAACAGCAGAACCUACCCUCUCACUCCUCCUCCUCUGUUUUAUUAUCUCUGUUAUCAGAAGACUUCGCCACUCAAAUCAAGAACCAGAGGGACGAACUCGACCAAUUCCUUCAAGCCCAGGGAGAGCAGCUGCGGCGCACGUUAGCAGAGAAGCGGCAGAGACACUACCGUGCGCUACUGAGCGCGGCGGAGGAGUCGAUGGUUCGGAGAUUGCGAGAGAAAGAAGCAGAAGUGGAGAAAGCGGCCCGCCGGAACGCCGAGCUGGAAACUAGAGCGGCGCAACUUAGCGUGGAGGCGCAGGUUUGGCAGGCGAAGGCCAGAGCACAGGAGGCGACGGCGGCGUCGCUCCAGGCGCAGCUGCAGCAGGCUAUAAUGAGCGGGGCGUGCGCGGCGGAGCGUAGGGAGGACGGGCUAGGAUGCUCGGUGGGUGGAGAGGGCCAGGCGGAGGACGCCGAGUCGGCCUACGUUGACCCGGAACGAGUCGUGAACUCGGGGCGACCGAGUUGCAAGGUGUGUCGGAAGCGAGUCGCCUCGGUUGUUCUGCUGCCGUGUCGGCAUCUAUGCGUGUGCACGGAGUGCGACGGCGUCGUUCAGGCUUGUCCUCUCUGCCUCUCUCUCAGAACCUCUAGCGUUGAAGUCUUCCUCUCGUAGGGUACCCUACCCCAAUCCAUGAUUGUGUAAGUGCCCUACACCUACUCCCUGGCCUAGGGCUACCCUACCCUACCCUCCCCUACCCAGUUGAGAGCAAAGAGUGCAACAGUAAAAACUAAAACUUUUUUUUUUAAAAAAAAAAAAAGGGAAAAAAUCAAAUCAAUAAUGUUAAUUAAGUAAAAAAAAAAAAUAGAUUAAUUACCAUCUGCUUUUUUGUUUUAAUUUUUUUUCUUCUUUUAAAUCCUUCUGGGGUGGAAUUACCUAGAGGUAAUGUACAUGGCCAAUGAGAAUGGCAUUGUUUUUUUUUUAUUAUUAUUAUCUGGAAAUUGAAUUCAUAUAUAAAUUCUUUUAUUUGAUACCUUAAA